CAGAGUGCUCCUACACUUCGUCUGCGCCAUCAAUGGAAGCUGACAUGAUGGCGCAGUUCCUUGGAGCUGAUUAUCACAGCUUCACCUAUGAGCAUGUGGAUGAGUCCAUGGAGGCAUUGGUAGCUCUUUUCUUGCCUAGCCUCGAAAACGACUCCAACUCCUCGGCCAUCUGUCUCAACUAUGAUGUCCCUCCACUGUGCUGGCCUCAACCAGCUCAUAGUUCUAGUGUUACCAGUUUGCUUGAUCCAGCUCAGAACUUUGAGAGCUUUGAGUUUCCGGUUACGAAUCCUCUCCCCCCUGCCGACUUCAACUCGCCUUCUGAUGUCCCGUACUUUAGUGAUGAUCUGAGCCCUCUACAUGGAAACCAUUCAUCAUCCAUAGAGGAAGAAGCAGCCAACGAUGCACCGGCUACUAAGAAGCGGAAGUCUAAUGCCACCAUAAAGGCAUCAAAGAAGACCAAGAAGGCAGGCAAAAAGGAUUCUGUCAGCAACGAAGAUGGCACCAACGCCUAUGUUAAUGCACAAAGCUCCAGCAGCUGCACCUCCGAGGAGGCAAAUUUGGAAGGCAAUAUGAAUUCAAGCUCGAAGAAGACGGGCACCAGAGCCAGCCGUGGAGCAGCAACUGAUCCACAGAGCCUCUACGCAAGGAAGAGAAGAGAGAGGAUCAAUGAAAGACUCAGAAUCUUGCAGAACUUGGUUCCCAAUGGAACAAAAGUUGACAUUAGUACGAUGCUCGAGGAAGCAGCACAGUAUGUCAAAUUUUUGCAGCUUCAGAUUAAGUUGUUGAGCUCUGACGACAUGUGGAUGUACGCCCCAAUCGCAUAUAAUGGAAUUAACAUCAGCAGCGUUGAUCUCAACAUCUCUUCUCUGCAAAAAUAAAUCUCUCUGGAGCUAUAGUGCUAACACUGAAUUGCAUAGGAAUCAAUUUAUUGUGGUUCGUAUAGUCCCCUGUAUCAUACUUGUAACGGAGCACCUUUUCAGUUUCAAUUUUUUUUUCUGAUUCUUGGCAUUUCCGACAAGCCA